UUGAUUUUCCAGAACUUUUCUAAUGAAAAACAAAAAUUGACGAAAAUAUGCUACCUCCUAUAGCAAGACCACAAUUAAUUGGAGAACACGUCAGUAAAAAGCUUAGAGUUUAAUUAACUUUGAUAUUGAAAUUUCUUGGAGUUUGCUGUAUCUUCCAAAUGAACGACGAAAAGACUUACUCCGAUGAAAAUGUUGUUGAUCAAAAAAGUAUUGAAGUUAUACGUCAAAAGUAUAUGAACAAAUGUCGAAGUGUGGAAUCAAAGAUUGGUCCGUUUAACUUUUACUUUAACCCAAUCACCAGCAUAGUAUCCGCUGUAAUUAUCUGGACUUUUGUUGGCUACUGCAUUUUUAAACCUAUUGAUGCAAAACUUGAACUGCUUAAAGUGAAAUAUUGGGUUACUAAUAAAUGGACAUGGUUGUACAUCGGAACCAAAGAUGUUUGGGGUCUUUUUAUUAUUUUCCUAUACUUUUCUAAAUACUCAGAGCUCCGACUUGGAUGCAAUGAUGAAAAACCAGAAUAUAGUGAUAGUGCAUAUUUUAUGAUGCUAUUCAGUGCUGGACUUGGUAUCGGUCUUUUUUACUAUGGAGUUGCUGAACCUAUUUACCAUUAUAAACCUGGCCAUUUUGGAAAUCGCUUUUUUCAACGUUAUAGCAACAACGAUGAAGCACAAGAUGCUAUCAAUCUUACAUUUUUUCAUUGGGGAAUCCACAGCUGGAUUGUUUAUGUCAUAAUUGGUUUGUUACUAGGUAUCCUUUCUUACCGUCGUGGUUUGCCUCUUACUAUGCGAACAUGCUUAUAUCCAAUUAUUGGAGAUAAAAUUUUUGGAAUUAUGGGAGAUUUAAUUGACACCUUGUGUAUUAUAUGCACUAUGUUUGGUGUUUGCACGAGUCUUGGGCUAGGAGCAACUCAAUUAAAUAACGGAAUACACCGGAUUAAUCCAAAAAUUAACGAAAGCAUUUCAGUGCAAAUAAUUAUCAUUUGGUGUGUAACAGCUUGUGCAACUCUCUCAGUGGUUAGCGGAGUAAAAUUUGGAAUCCGGAGAUUAUCAGAACUAUGUUUUGGAAUGGGUUCAUUUAUUAUGGCGAUUAUAUUUUUUGCUGAUAACACUUCAUAUCUAUUGAACUUAUUUGUGCAAUCUAUUGGAUAUUAUCUACAAUGGUUAAUUCAAGUUGGGUUUCAUACAGAAGCCUUCGCUCAAUUAGGAAAUGCACCUGACAAAAAAGAAGCUCCUAAAUGGAUUGAUACCUGGACCAUUUUUUAUUGGGGAUGGUGGGUCAGCUGGUCGCCAUUUGUUGGAAUGUUUAUUGCAAAGAUUAGUAGAGGACGCAAAAUCAAAGACUUUAUUUUUUAUACUCUAACGGUUCCGACUAUAUACUCAUUGAUUUGGAUGACUGUGUUUGGAGGAGUUGGUAUACAAUUUGAAAACAAAGCAGAAAACAAAGGGAUGAAUUGUUCUAUGUAUUAUCUACCUAUAAAUAAUACCUUCAAAUAUAAAACUAGACAAAUGGAACUGUUUGGAAUUUAUGGAACAACUAUGCUAUCGUGUCGAGGAACAAGUGACAUGUGGUUUGACGUUAUGAACAUGUAUGGUGAUAUUGGAAUGGCUUUGUCAAUUUUAUCAUUAUUUGCAAUCGUUCUUUAUUUUGUAACAAGUUCUGACAGUGGAUCUUUAGUCAUUGAUUGUUUAUCAGCAAACGGUAGUUUAAACCCUCCAAUUGUCCAAAGAAUCUUUUGGUCUUUGACAGAAGGUGCAACUGCAACUGCGCUUCUUGUAGCUGGAGGUAAAGAUUCCUUAGAGGCUUUGCAAACAGUCUCUGUAGCUUGUGGAUUACCAAUUACUAUAUUCUUAAACUGGGCAUGCGUUUCUUUGUGGAGAGCAUUAAGGGAAGAAGCAGGUGAAAUUGAACUUUUGCAAGGAAGAUGGCAACUAUCUAUGUGGUCAUUAAAUAAUAAACAAAGAGUAUUAAAAUCAAUAAUAUCACUUUUUUUUCCGUGGUAUUAUCUUUCUCGCACUAAAAUGAAGAUUGAAAAUAAGAAAUUAUUGAGAUAUACACUUUUAUACGGCAUUUUAUAUGCUACACCAUUUUAUAUAUCUGCUCUAUUACUACUAGCUGGAUCAAAGUUUAUUGGAAUGAAAUACAUUGCGUAUGCAGUUCUUCUUUUUUUCUGUAUUUUUUGUGGUUUCCUUCGUGGUGAUGUCCGUGAAAGAUAUAACAUUGAAGGAGAUAUGAUCGAAGAUACUUUUUCUUUUGUUCUUGUUUAUCCAAUUGCUAUAAUGCAAAUUCACGAGCAAGUACAGAAUGACUUAGAUGAAGUUAAAGGUCUAGAAAUGCCAACUGCAAAUGGUUCUGAUGAUUAAAUUUCACAACAACCAAUAUCUAGUGAUAACAGAUAAAAAGAAAUUUUAUAGUUA